UUCGGCAUUGAGUGUACGACAGACGAUAUCGGAUACUUUCACUCGGUACAUGCUCGGACGCACUCGAAGACGGUGGAUCACACGCAAUCACACGACAAACGACAACGGACCGCUGAGGACGUCUUUGUCCGGUAGUAGCUCCGAGGUCGUCCCGCGAUGGACUCAUAGGAGCCUGCAGAGGACUUUGUCGGACGGUGAGUGGAAUGAACGACGGCAGCCGAAUCGAGUGACUUGUGUGCACAUCGCUCGUAAUAGAUCCACUUCGGUCCUGUGUGUGCCCCAUGUGUACCUCGCUCGCGUUGUAGCAGUGUGAAUUUGUGAGCUCGUGAGAGAAGACGACGAGAGAGCGACCGGAGCGACCGGACAAAAAGAUCGGUCUUCGGCGGAUCGGUGGAGUACGGUGCAGUGUACUCGUGAAACGAUAUCGUAGGAGAGACUCAUCAGCCGAUUAAAUGUGUCAGCAUGGAGAAUCAAACGAUGGACCAGUUCUGCGGCACAACGUUUUGGGAUGCUAAUCUAACAUGGUACACGAACGAUCCAGAUCUAACAGAAUGCUUCCAAAAAACAAUAUUAAUAUGGACACCAUGUGUAUUUCUAUGGGUAUUUUCCGCAAUGGAAGCAUAUUACCUUUUAAAUAGCAAAAGGAGAAAUGUCCCAUACACAUGGUUAUUUAUUUCUAAGCAAGUACUUACAAUAGGAUUAAUUUUACUUUCCAUAGUUGAUUUAGGAGUGGCAAUACACGAAAGUACUUAUCGUACGGUCUACAAUGUUGAUUAUUAUACACCCUUUAUAAAAAUUAUUAGCUUUGUAUUAGCAUGUACUUUAAUGGUAUAUAAUAGAAAACAUGGAAUGCGGACGUCAGGUCUUUUAUUCCUGUUUUGGUUUUUCCUUGCAUUAUGUGGAUGUGUUCAAUUUAGAAGAUGUAUAAACGAAUUCAGAGAAGAGGCAGAAGUAACAUACCCAUUGGUGUCCUACAUGAUUUACUAUGCGAUAGUAAUAAUAAUGUUCGUACUUAAUUUUUUGGUUGAUGCAGAGCCUAAAUUCUCCGAAUAUCCAACGGUCGAAUCGCCAUGUCCCGAGCAAAGCUCAUCUUUCCCGUCAAGAGUUCUUUUCGCAUGGUUCGAUUCACUAGCGUGGAAGGGUUUCCGCAAACCGCUCGAAACAUCCGAUCUGUGGUCCAUGAAUCCAGAGGACAUGGCCACGGAGAUCGUGCCAAAGUUCGACAAAUAUUGGAACAAAAACUUGAGAAAGACAGACGAGCUGGUUUGGACUUAUUUUAGAGUAGAAAGUGCCAAAGCGUCAUUUCGAAAAGCGUCCGGGCAAGUGGACUUUAACAAUGGUCGAAAAAAGAAAAUCGCCUCUAUCCUACCGCCCAUCUGCAAAGCUUUCGGAGCUACUUUUAUGUUUGGUGCGUUCCUGAAAUUGGUUCAAGACAUUAUGACCUUUAUCAGUCCACAAAUAUUAAAGCUUUUGAUUGGUUUCAUCGAGGGAGAUGAGCCAAUGUGGAAAGGAUACUUUUAUUCCGUAUUACUUCUACUUACAGCAACGCUUCAAACAUUAGUGCUAUCUCAAUAUUUUCAUCGUAUGUUCUUAGUCGGGUUGCGUAUACGUACUGCAUUAAUCGCGGCAAUUUACCGUAAAGCAUUGAGAAUGUCAAACUCGGCCAGGAAGGAAUCUACGCUUGGCGAAAUAGUGAACUUAAUGUCCGUAGACGCUCAAAGAUUCAUGGACUUAACUGCGUACAUAAACAUGAUUUGGUCGGCUCCGCUACAAAUAGCCCUGGCUUUGUACUUUUUAUGGGAGAUAUUAGGACCGGCGGUGCUCGCCGGCUUAGCAGUUAUGAUCAUUCUUAUUCCCGUGAACGGGUUAAUUGCGAACAAAGUGAAGACGUUGCAAAUCAGGCAGAUGAAGAACAAGGACGAAAGAGUGAAAUUAAUGAACGAAGUACUUAAUGGUAUCAAAGUGUUGAAGCUUUACGCAUGGGAACCUUCGUUCGAGCAACAGAUACUUAAAAUCAGAGUUAAGGAAAUUCAGGUUUUGAAAGAAGCGGCAUAUCUGAAUGCCGGUACGAGCUUUAUAUGGUCGUGUGCACCGUUUUUGGUGUCGCUGGUAUCCUUUACCACUUAUGUACUUAUAGACGAAAAGAACGUUCUAGAUAGUACAACUGCCUUUGUUUCGCUCAGUUUGUUCAACAUCUUAAGAUUUCCACUCUCCAUGCUGCCUAUGAUGAUUGGUAAUAUAGUUCAAGCUUACGUCUCUGUAAAACGCAUUAAUAAAUUUAUGAAUAUGGAGGAGUUGGAUCCUAAUAAUGUACAGCAUGAUCCAUCGGAAGCGCACGCGUUAGUAAUUGAGAACGGUAGUUUCUGCUGGGACAAUGAACACAUUGAGAGACCAAUACUACGAAAUAUCAAUUUCCAUGUAGAACAAGGUCAAUUAAUAGCAAUAGUUGGUACAGUGGGAUCAGGCAAGAGCUCUCUUCUAUCUGCUCUGCUCGGCGAGAUGGAUAAAUUAAGUGGAAAAGUGAACACAAAAGGCUCAAUUGCAUACGUCUCGCAGCAGGCAUGGAUACAAAACGCCACGUUGCAGGAGAACGUCUUAUUCGGAAAGGCCUUGAACAAGUCGGUGUACAAUCGUGUGAUUGACGCGUGUGCAUUGAGUCCGGAUCUCAAGAUACUACCCGCUGGAGAUCAGACGGAAAUCGGAGAGAAAGGCAUAAACUUGUCUGGCGGUCAAAAGCAAAGAGUAGCCUUAGCUAGAGCUGUAUAUAACGACUCGGAAAAUUAUUUCUUAGACGAUCCGUUGAGCGCGGUGGAUUCGCAUGUAGGGAAACACAUUUUUGAGAACGUGAUAGGUCCGAACGGCAUAUUGAAGAAGAAAACGAGAAUACUCGUCACGCAUGGCAUCACGUAUCUGCCGGAGGUCGAUAACAUUAUUGUUCUUAAAGACGGUGAGAUCACGGAAAAUGGCACUUACAAGCAGCUGCUGGAGAAAAAGGGUGCUUUCGCCGAAUUCUUAGUGCAACAUUUACAAGAAGUUGGAAAUCUGCACGUUGAUGAGGGUUCCGAAGCAGAUUUACGUGAAAUUAAACAGCAACUUGAAUCGACAAUGGGAGCAGAUGAGUUGCAACAAAAGUUAACUCGAGCCAGAGUAUCUGAGAGUCUAAGUGAGUCUGGUUCUAUAACUGAUAGAAAAUCGCUUAAUGGUUCUCUGACAAGGCAAUAUUCAACUGAAAGUCAACAGUCGGUGAAUUAUGCGCGUAGUAAUAGCAUAAAGGAAAAAGAAAUAUCAAAACCUAACAAUAUCGGAGAAAAAUUGAUAGAAGUCGAAAAGACCGAAACCGGAAGUGUAAAAUGGCAAGUGUAUUCUCACUAUUUGAAAUCUAUUGGAUGGUUUUUGUCAAUAUCGACGAUUGUGAUGAACGCAGUCUUUCAAUCGUUCAGCAUCGGCUCAAGCGUUUGGCUCAGUGUUUGGUCGAAUGACAAUCUGACCAUCGUGAAUAACACGGUUGAUACGGCGAAACGAGAUAUGUACCUUGGAGUAUACGGCGCGCUCGGUCUCGGUCAAGCGAUGGCGAGCUUUUUCUGCGAUUUGGCACCGCAGCUGGGCUGUUGGUUGGCUGCUCGCCAGAUGCACAUAAUGAUGCUGCGUGCUGUGAUGCGUGCUCCAUUGACCUUCUUUGAUACGACUCCUAUUGGUCGUAUUAUCUCCAGGUUUGCUAAAGACGUGGACAUACUGGAUACAUCUCUUCCUCCACAAAUUUCUGAUACCAUCUAUUGCUUGUUCGAGGUCAUAGCUACUCUCGUUGUCAUAAGCUACAGUACACCUGUAUUUAUCGCGGUGAUACUGCCAAUAGGCGCGGUUUACUAUUUUAUUCAACGUUUUUACGUUGCAUCAUCGCGCCAAUUAAAGCGAUUAGAAUCUGUAUCAAGGUCUCCUAUAUAUUCGCAUUUUGGUGAAUCUGUGACUGGUUCACAAAUAAUUAGAGCGUAUGGUGUACAGCAACAAUUUAUCCAGGAAUCUGAAAAUAGAGUAGAUUUCAAUCAAGUGUGCUAUUAUCCUAGUAUUAUUGCAAACAGAUGGCUGGCCGUGAGAUUGGAGAUGGUUGGAAAUUUAAUUAUAUUCUUUGCAGCAUUGUUCGCUGUUUUAGGUAAACAUACUAUGAGUUCUGGACUCGUUGGUCUGUCGGUCAGCUACGCCUUACAGAUCACUCAAACUCUAAACUGGCUGGUACGCAUGACAUCCGAUGUUGAGACUAAUAUUGUUGCGGUGGAGAAUAAAGAGUAUGGAGAAACCACGCAAGAAGCACCAUGGAAGAACACAGAGUACACACCUCCGAAAGAGUGGCCUGUGCACGGCCGUGUUGAUUUCAAGGACUUUAAAGUUCGUUACAGGGAGGGGCUAGAUCUCGUGCUGCAUGGUCUGUCGUUCAGCGUUCUCGGCGGCGAGAAGAUCGGCAUAGUAGGUAGAACCGGCGCUGGAAAAUCAUCCUUGACUCUCGCGCUCUUCAGGAUAAUCGAGGCAGCUCACGGGAAGAUCUUUAUUGACGAUAUUGACAUCUCCAAACUGGGUCUCCACGAUCUGCGCUCGAAACUGACCAUUAUCCCGCAAGAUCCCGUUUUGUUUUCCGGAACGCUGAGGAUAAAUCUGGAUCCUUUCGAUUGUCAUUCUGAUGAUGAAAUUUGGAGAGCGCUAGAGCACGCUCAUCUAAAAUCAUUUGUCAAAAAUUUGCCAAAUACUCUUUUACACGAGGUUGCUGAAGGUGGAGAGAAUUUAAGCAUAGGACAACGACAAUUGAUCUGCUUAGCGAGAGCGUUACUCAGGAAAACCAAAGUUCUCAUAUUGGAUGAGGCGACGGCCGCGGUCGAUUUAGAAACGGAUGACUUAAUACAGACUACCAUCCGCCAAGAAUUUAAGGAUUGUACAGUUCUCACGAUAGCCCACAGACUUAACACUAUUUUGGAUUCAGACAGGGUGAUCGUAUUGGAUAAAGGUUUGAUUGUUGAAUAUGAUUCUCCGGAAGCGUUACUUCGCAAUCCAUCUAGCUCUUUCUACAGCAUGGCUAAAGACGCAGGUCUAGCAGCUUAAGCAACCAAUGUAUAUCGUAAUGGUUUUUCAGCGACUAUACAUUGUCCGCGAGCCAAUGUCAAAGCAAAAACAAACAUGCAGAAAGCCAUAGAAUAAACAACGCGUAGCAUUAAAUUUAUUUGUAUAGUAAAAUAUUUCUACGCAGCAAAGCGCGCGCGAGCGUUUGACAUAAUCGAUGAUACAAAUACGCUCGUCUUUUGCCAGAGUUAUAGCCAGAGCUUAUCCCGUGACUAGCAGUCACAUUUUUCCCAAUUGUAUCGUCGAUUAUCGAAACUCCUAUUAUAUUGUAGAAUAAGUUUUGUAGUCAAGUAUUUCAUUACGAAGCACACACACAUACAAUUCGACACAUCUCGUUUCUAAAUCAGCAUCUAUUUCCGUUGCAUCUAUUUGAACUGGACAGGGUCCCGGGGUAGAUCCCACAUGAUAAAUAAGUUACGACAAAUUGUAUCGUUUAUUUUUCAUGACGUUCUUCACAGUUCAUGUAUUAUAUUUCCUUCUUAAAGAUCCAUCUUCGUAAUUUGCAAUAAAAAUAAAUUUUGUUUGUAUUGAGUAUUUGACUAAAAACGUUUCUACUAAAAUACUACGAGAAAUCCUUAGAUCCUACCAAUUCAUUUGUAGAGCCACAAUAUUCAAUUAACGAUUAACAUGCAAAUAUAAUGAUUAAUAUUAAAAAAUAAAUUCUUACGAGCAAAGCGCAAUAGUUUAAAAUAACUUUUAAGCAAAUGAUGCAGAUUUGUUUGAGUAGCAAAAGGCGAGUCAAAGUUGAAUACAGGGUGUUUUAAAAAUAUUUUUUUUUCAAGUUGUAGAAAUUUUGCAUCUGACAACUUCCGGAUUAAAUUGUGUCUUUUUAAUAGUUCCAAUUACUACAGUAAGAUUAUCAACAAACAUGUGCAGUGAUCGACGAAAGUGUGCGUUUACUAAGAUAAAAAAAAAAGAAAAAAAGAAAAAAAGAAAAGAAAAGAAAGAAGGAAAGUAAGAAAGACGAGAAGAGCUACAGAAUUAUAAGAAACUAAUUAACAGAGAUUGUUCGUGUGACCCAUAAGUUUAAAGAUUACUGAUUUUUAAAAUACUGCUCCCAUAAUUAUUGUUUUAGUAAUAUUUGAGAUGUGUUCUCUUCUAGAUUUGAGCGGACUUUUUUCACGAAUUGUACCGCUCAUUCGGAAAUGUGCAUUUUUAUUUUCAUCUUCCUUUAUAUGACAAUCAGUCGCAACAAUAGUAUUAUUUAUUUUUUACAUCACACCUUGUUACAUCACACACGACAUGAUCAUAGAAUAAGCGAGCUAUAUUUUAAUCGAAUAUUUGUUACAUACUUGCCUUAUAUCAGAAGCUAGUACAAGUUAAAACUUAAAACUAUAAACUGUAACUAAAACUAUAAACUGCAUACACUUUGUUUGUUUUUAAUAGUUUAAUCGCAUUUGUAGGUAAAUUAUAUUUUAGUUCUAGUGUUUUUAAAUAAUUACUUUGUAUAACAAUAUAUCGUAAAUUUAGAUUUAGAUUUUUGUAGGACUUGAAGUUUCUUUGAUGUUGCAUCAUUAGCUUUUAUCAUCAGAUGUUUUCGAGAGUAUUAAUGCUGUAUUAAACGUAUUUGCUUUAUAUUCGUUAUUUCAAUCGUAUUGCAGCUUGAUGAUAAUCCGUAGUUAUAAACCUAUGAUUAUUAAGGAUUAUUUUAUAAUUUUUGGUAUUCAUUAAAAUUCUACUAUUUGGAUAGAAAACCCGGAUUAAUAAAUAAUUUUAAUAUUUGUAUCCUUAUGUAUUUAUAAAAAAAAAAUGAUAUUUUUAGAUACACUAUUGCGAGACUAUAAAGAUAGUUCAAAGCAAAGUAUGAAAUUGUUGUGUGUUAUUUUGUUGCUUGUUGAUUAAAUUGGCAUGCAAUAUUGAUUUAUAUUUUUCGUCUAAUAAUGUUACAAAUUUUCGUUAUUUCUUCAGAUUUUGCUUUAAUGUACGUGUACUAAAUCUUGUAUUUAUCAGUACAAUUGCUCAUAACUUACCUUCAAUCUCUUGUACCCUUGUAUUUACAAAGCUACAAAUACUGAUGUAAUAAAACGUUACGAUUAACUCUUU